GCCGUGCGGAGCCGAACGGAGCGGAGCGAGCGGAGCCGCGGCCCGGAUGUAGCCGGAACAUGGCGCUGGGGGCGGCGUGACGGCGGCGGCCGAGGGUUAGAAACGCCUGCAAUCGACUCCGGUCUUCUUUCAGCGUUCAUGAGCCUCGGAUCAUCGUAGCUUAAGAAAAUGAGCUGCAUAGUGACUGCCGUGCUUGAAAAACGCUCCAGCCUCAGGCCAAGAGAGGUGUUUUUUUCAUGGUGGGAAUGAGGGACCUGGCUGCGUGGGGCAGGGCACUGGCUUCGGAGCAGCUGCUGUGCCAGAUCUUUCCACCAUGUUCGGCAAAAAGAAGAAAAGGCUGGAAAUUUCCGGGCCCUCCAACUUCGAGCACCGGGUGCACACCGGCUUCGACCACCGGGAGCAGAAGUUCACGGGGCUGCCGCAGCAGUGGCACAGCUUGCUGGCAGACACGGCCAACCGGCCGAAGCCCAUGGUGGAUCCCUCGUGCAUCACUCCCAUCCAGCUGGCUCCUAUGAAGACUAUCGUUCGAGGAAACAAGCCUCGAAAGGAUACUUCAAUCAACGGCCUGCUGGAGGAGUUUGACAAUAUCUCCGUGACACGAUCCAAUUCCCUGCGGAAGGAAAGCCCUCCCACCCACCACCAAGGAAAUGCAAACCACGUGCCGAGGCACCAGGAGGAGAACGGCUACAUCACGUAUUCCCAGUACUCCAGUGAGUCAGACACCACAACAGACUAUGUCGUGGAGAAAUACCGAGACAAGGCUCUGUACGGGGAGGAGCUGGACCGGUACUACAAGGGCAGCUACGCCGCCAAGCAGAACGGGCACAUGAUGAAGGUGACGUCCCGGGACAUCUAUUACUCGGAAGUGACACCCCUGCAGUCAGACCUCUCCAGGUUCCUCCCAGAUUACCAAGCACACCUGGAGACCAAGCCCAAACCGCUGGAGUACGGCUUAAAGCUGGAGUAUCAGCGGAUCCCCAGCGGGUCCUCCCUGGACUACAGAGAUCCCUUUCCUUACGCCCCGUCCCGAGCGUCGGUGCAGAGCGAGUGCCCCAAGGAGAGGCUGGAGUAUGGGGACAGUGACUGGGGACACGGCCUGAGCAAGGAUGACUACGAUAAGAGGCCGAAGUCAUCCUACGUGGACCCCGCGAGCCCUCAGCCAACGAUAAGGCAGAGAUCCAGGUCAGGCUCCGGCCUGCAGGAGCCGGCCGUGCCCUACGGAGCAAGCGCCUUCAAAGCACACCAGCAAGGACAUUCCUACAGCUCCUACACCUACCCCCGCCUGUCCGAAACCGCAGCAGGCGUUCCCAAGGUAACCUGACCUGCCUGGGAUCGUGCUGCCAGGGCAGGGACCAGCCUCUCCUCAAGGGGAGUGUGAGAAGUGAGAAUUAAGGGCAAGGA